UGGUUGCAGGGAUACAACAGGCUCAUGCAGAACAGCUUGCAAACAUGAGAAUCCAAGACCUCAAAGUCAGCCUCAAACCCCUUCACUCCGUCAACAACCCGAUCCUGCGCAAGCGGAAACUCCUGGGCACCAAGCCAAAGGAUGGUGUUUAUAUCCACGACCCUGAGAAUGGAAGCAACGAUUCCAACGUGGCUCUGGAGAAGCUGAGGGAUGUGAUUGCUCAGUGCAUUCUCCCCCAGGCUGGUAAAGGAGAGAAUGAGGAUGAGAAGCUCAACGAAGUGAUGCAGGAGGCCUGGAAGUAUAACAGAGAGUGUAAGUUGCUGCGAGACACUCUGCAGAGCUUCAGCUGGAACGGCAGAGGAUUCACAGACAAAGUGGAUAGACUAAAACUGGCUGAGAUUGUCAAACAAGUGAUCGAAGAGCAGACAAACUCUCACGACUCUCAAUAGCUGGAGCUUCUUAAUCUUAUUUUUUUUACCAUUUAAGAUUUAUUCUUUAACUGUAAAAAGUAUUUUUAUGUAAAUUAAUAAUAAAUCAUAAUUAUUUCAUG